AUGACCUUAAAGGGGCAGCAAAAUUCUCAAGCGGGGCCUCACAAGUGCGAACGAGUUAACCCUUCGACGGGAAAGCCCUGUAACACUAUUUUCUCUCGGCCCUAUGAUCUGACUCGGCACGAGGACACGAUUCACAACCCCAAGAAGCAGAAGGUACGCUGUCCGCUGUGCACCGAAGAGAAGACGUUCAGCAGAAAUGAUGCAUUGACUCGGCAUCUUCGAGUUAUUCAUCCAGAUCAGGUGGAUAUGUCGAAGAGCCGGGCUGGUAGGGAGUCUUGA